AAAAAUAGUGAAUGCUCAAGAAAAGUGUUUCUUUCCAUAAUUUGAUCAGGCAUAAGUUUAGCCGCUAUGGUAGCGCGUCCACAGAGCUUGAAGGACCUCAAAAGACUCAAUUGCAACACGAGUGAUCGCCUCUGCCUAUUCUCUUUCAACUGAAGAAUGACCAAAAAGCGAAAACGGCAGGAUGAUUUCCAGAAAGUUAAGCUAAAGGUUGGCAAAAAGAAGCCGAAAGCAGACAAUGCAACAGACGUCAACUUCAAAUCUAAAUCCAUCCAUCUGCCAGAGCAGCUGAAGCAGAGUAAUGCAGGCCCGACCACACACAGGCACCUCAACAUUAAGGAUCUGCUGUCCCAGUUACACCACUACAACAGUAAUGUCAAGCAGGGAGCUCUGGUGGGUUUACGGGAGUUGCUGUCAGCUCACCCCACUUUGGUUGAACAGCAUACGUCGGCGAUUCUUUCAGAGGUAGCCGCACUCUUCACAGACAAAGACGGCACCGUGCGUGCGGCCGUGGUGCGCCUGCUGCGCUUCGUGGCUCAGUGUAUUCCCGUCGAGCGUGUGGCGCCCUUCUUCCCCCUGCUUAGCGCUCACCUCACUUGUGCCAUGACUCAUAUCUCAGAAAGUAUACAAGAGGACGCACUCCGUUUCCUGGACGUGCUGCUCGAACACUUUCCUGGACUUCUGUCUCAGAGACAUAAUGUUCUGCUGGCAAGUUUUCUCGAGCUCAUCUCGCAGAGGCGAAUGGGCAAAAAGGAUAAGUCUGCGAAAGGAGGCUUUGUUUUGUCCAUCAAUACAAAUCGAUCUGUGACAGCUCAGCAAUGGAGACUCACUGUGCUGCUAAGGCUGAGCCGUUUUCUGCAGGCGGUGGUUGAGGAAAGGCCGCUGGAGGAAGGCAUCACUAACAGGAAUGCUCUGGAAAUGUGGGUUGGGGAGAAAAGCUUGACGACACCUAUAGAGGUGAAGUGGGAAGAGCAUGGGUUUGGGAAGGGCAGAAUACAAAUGUUUGAACAUUCUGGAGCCACGCCCACGCCACACUCCACAUAUCGGUUAAGGCCGGACUCUAAUCUGGCAGCUGGAAUGAAUAAAGAUCUAAAUUCAGCUGAGACCGUGCAAGGCUUUGCGGGAACACUCGUGCCUCUCCUGCUCGAGAUCUGGGUGGAGGCGGCAGGUGGAGAUCGUGUGCAGAUGGACAGUGGUCACCUGCUUUCGCCAGAGUCCAUGGCUCUUAUGUUCCAGAUUCUGACCAUCCUUCAGUUGCUCAGAAGACUCACCCCACAGGGAGACCAACAGGACAUUCUGGAUGCCUGGUUUCGGAACACGUACCUAGCUGACUUCAAACAGCACUAUAUGAAGAACUUUCCGUAUGGUCUGCUAGAAGUGGCAAGACAUAGGAAAAAAGUUGACGGAAAGAGGUUUCAUCAGCAGGCAGUUGUUGGAACUGUCGCUGGAGGCAAUGUGGAGCCUUUGGCCUUAAACGUCACAUUGUGCCAAGUUAUGGUGACUCUCAGUCUUAAGGGGUGCAGUGACGGAGUGGGUCAAGAUGCAGACUGGCUCGGACCAAUCAGAGCCUUCAUUAAAGAAACACUGUCCAGUGGGAGCAAGCUGAGCUCAAAGCACCUGGCAGCUUUACUGGAAGUCGUCUGGAGGAUGAUUGUUACCCAGCGCAGCCGUGUGGUGACAGACGAACUCCUGCAGGCCGUGUAUGUGCAGUACCAGCAGAGGAACCUCGGUGUGACUGUCCGCACACUGCUGCUGAGCUUUUUCAGUCGACUCUACAUUGAAGAACAUCAGAACCACCCUCAUAUUGCCAGGAGUAAGAUUCUGGCUUGCUGGUUGGCAUCACUACCGGUGCAGUUGAUUCAGUUAGGCAGUAGGAAUCCUCAGCUCUCCGCACAUCUUCUGAAGACGGUCCAGUCGGCUGCCGCCAGGGGCAACAAGGACCUUCUGAACAUUCUGCAAAAACGUGCCUGCAGUCUUUAUGAUCCACAGGAUGGCUGUGUGGUGGUGUUGCCUGUGGAGUCCCAGAAGAAGCUUGUUCAGAUUCUUUACUUCCUGCCGGUGAUUCCUCCAGAGCUUCUGUCAUGUCUUAGUCAGGUCUGCAACGCUGGAAGAGUAUCAGCUAGCCUGGCCACCGCACUUAUGCGCACUAUUCAUCUGAGGUCUCCUCUGAGUGGCUGGUCGAGCGGUUCACAGGAUGUGCCAGUGAAGGAUGUCGAUUACCUCAGUUUCUUUUUCACCACGCUAACAGGUUUCUCCUCGGAGACUUUGCAGGCCCUGCAGCACACGGAUGAAGACUGUCUCAUGCCCUCGUCCACCCUCUCUCCGAUCAGCGUGUUUGCCACCAGCCUGGACCAGUUCCUGCACCAUUGGGAUGUGGUGGAGGAGGUGUGUCAUUGCCUGGAAACUCUGGGAUCUCGUGCGCAGUGUUUUGAUGUAUUACAGACUGCCAUCAUUAAGAAUCUGUGUGGACUAGCAGUGGUGCCCGACUGUCUGUGUACAGCAGUUCUAAGGUGUAUUCCUCGGUUACUGGAUGUCAACUUCCUGCCCAGCGACACUCUUCUCCACUUCCUGUCUGACUGUUGCCUGAGCAUGCUCAAUCUCCUGCUGCAACUGGAGCAGAGCGCCCGCAAGAGGGAUAGGGUUUGGGAGGCAUGUUUCGCCGCGCUGAGCGCUGUACCAAGGCUUUUGCGAUUGGUGCUUCAGUCUUUCCGUGUUUGCGACUUGUGUGAGGAAGAGCUCCCAGUUCUGGCACAGAUACUGUCAUUACUUCUUCAGCACACUCUGUUACGCAACCACAUGAUGGCCAAUGCCAGUCUUCUGCAACACAUCAUACAGGACUUGACGCAUUUCUACAGCGGGGAGACGCGAGAGCAGUGGCUGACUGACUUGUUGUACUGCUACAGCGUGACGCUCUCUGGUCCCCGUGCCAACAUGGGCAUGAGAGAAAUUUAUUAAACAUUAUAGUAUCCAUCGCUACAACCUUUUUGUUUGUUUUUUCUAAAUAAACAGUUGUUUUGUAUAAAAUGAGGAUAAUAAACCUUGUGGUAAUUGA